GGAGGAGGAGGAGGAGGAGGAGGAGGAGGAUGGCAGUGGCGAUGAUGAUGCUGUUCCUGGGAGCGAGCAAAAGCUGCCGCUCUUCCCGGGCAAAGCCUGGGUGCUGAGAGGGAAGGCGGGCUCGGAGCGGGCCGGCGGGCUCGAUCGAGGAGCAGCUGCCAGGCUUUUUGUUGUCCUUCCGCGAGACACGCUCGGCGCAGCGCCCGGCCGCCGGAGAGAACCACUCGUGCCCGAUUCCUCCCCACCUUCGCCUCUUCGGGGAAUCGGAGACUUAGCCGCCUGCCGUGCGCCGCGUCCUAUUGUUUAGACGUCGGCCGGGGGCUAGGGAAGCCGAAGAGCGAGCCCCCUCCCUUAAUCCCGCGCCCCCCCCCCGGACUCCCUCCUCCUCCCCAAAUCCCUCUCGGGAGGGGGCGAAAGCGGACUGCGGCGCGGAAGGGGCUGGGACCCGUCGCGCUGCUCUUUAUUGAAAGCCCAGAGGCAGGUGCACCGAGGGAAUCGUGGACAGCUCAUCCUCGUGGGGCAUCUUCCCCGCCGGCCGUGCGGGGGCAAGAGCAAACGCGGGGAAAAGUUCUUGGACUUGACAAGGACCAGCUCGCUUUUUUUCCGGGUGACCGCAAAGGGGUCGUCUCCGAGGGCCAGGGACCCCUCCUCUGGCUCCGCUAGAUUCAGUUGCCACCUUUCCCAUCAGGUGUCUGCUGCAGUGCUACUGUAUCCGGGAAACGCGCGGGGUGACACACACGCACACACACACACACACACACACACACUUGACAUUCAGCUGCUGUCUCAGUUCGGCCCCUCUGGCCGUACUCCCCGCAGCUGCGGAUAACAGCGCCACUGAGGACGCCAGGACUCCCGUGGCCGGAGGCUCACCUCCUGACCAUCGUGCCCAGAGUCCGCACCCAUUCAAUCGGGAAGCUUUCCUGCGCAACUUGGCCUUCGCCCCCCCCCCCCCUUCCCAAGGAGCGGCGGCAGACGGAGCAGCGCCCAGAAGCCUGCCUCGGACACAUGCUUCGCGCCUCCCGUGGGCUCCUCGUUUGACAAUUUCCCGGGGGCUCCUCGUUUGACAAUUUCCCGUGGGCUCCUCGUUUGACAAUUUCCCGGGCUCCUCGUUUGACAAUUUCCCUGGCCCCGAGACCGGGGCUGGAAGAGCUCUGGGGGAGGGGGUCGCGGAGCCAGCUCUUCCCAGAAGUGCAUGUGCGUUUCGCCAAGCGCCCUCCUGGGCCGCCGAGACUGAAGGCUGCGCUCGGCGCGGCUCCUGCGGGUGCGGGGAGGGAGAGGAGGGGCGCGUGAGGCGCGCUGCGGAGCCCGGCGCCCGGCCCCGCCAGCCCCCGGCUGCUCGUGCGCUGCUCCCCGGCCGCCGCUGGGCGCAAUGCAGUUUCGCAGGAAGCGUGCAGUUGUGGGCGAGCGCGGAUCGGGCGGCUGCUAGCUCGGGGGACUCGAGUUUCUUUCGGGGGCGGGGGCAUUCUUGGCUCUCCCCCCCCCAGCUGACCUCUGUCCGUCUCCCUCUUCUCCCCCUCCCCACUUCCCCGAACCUUUCCUCUCUUUCAAAAUCACGCCGCCAGCGAUCGAGAGCGGGAGAGAGCCUCCGAUUUGGAGGCGGUGAGCGUGUGCACAGAUAACACACACACACACACACACACACACACACAGCCCGUCCGGCAUCAUCUGGAGGACAAGGAGGGAGCGAGGCUGCUUUUACCGCCAAGCGGAUCCUCGGCCAGAGGGGCCUCGCGAAGCCGCCGGCCUCUGUCCUGCGUGGGGACCUCGGCGGCGGCCCGAAACUUCCCGAAGUCGCGCCCGCCCGCCCGCGGGAGGCUGGAGACAGCAGGGGGCGGGAGGCGCGUGUGCGAGCGGCGGAGCUCGGAGCCUCCUUUUUAUCGCUGUCCCGUUUUUUCUUCCUUUGGGGGAAACCGCCGCCUGGCUGGGCGCUUGGGACCUGCAGCUCGGGCUUUGGGGACUGGUGCCGGGGACCCGGGGGGCCUUGGCCCGAGGCGAGAGCGGAGGACGAAGAUGUGUGGCUUCGGCUCCCUGACGCUGGCGUUGGUGCUGCUGGUUCUGAGCAAGGUGGCGCCGCAGCCGUGCCCGGCGCAAUGCUCCUGCUCCGGGAGCACCGUGGACUGUCACGGGCUGGCGCUGCGCAGCGUGCCCAGGAACAUCCCCCGCAACACCGAGAGGCUGGAUUUGAAUGGAAAUAACAUCACAAGAAUCACAAAGACUGAUUUUGCUGGUCUUAGACACCUCAGAGUCCUUCAGCUGAUGGAGAACAGGAUUAGCACUAUUGAAAGAGGAGCAUUUCAAGAUCUUAAGGAACUGGAGAGACUGCGUUUAAACAAAAAUAACCUUCAGCUGUUUCCUGAGUUGCUGUUUCUUGGGACUUCGAAGUUAUACAGGCUUGAUCUCAGUGAAAAUCAGAUUCAGGCAAUCCCAAGGAAGGCUUUUCGUGGUGCUGUUGAUAUUAAAAACCUGCAACUGGAUUACAACCACAUCAGCUGUAUUGAAGAUGGGGCGUUUAGGGCUCUGCGGGACCUGGAAGUGCUCACUCUCAACAAUAACAACAUUACUAGACUAUCAGUGGCAAGUUUCAACCAUAUGCCCAAACUUAGGACAUUUCGACUCCAUUCCAACAACCUCUUCUGUGACUGUCAUCUGGCCUGGCUUUCUGAUUGGCUCCGGCAACGACCUCGCGUGGGUCUCUACACUCAGUGCAUGGGUCCAAACCACCUGAAAGGCCACAAUGUGGCUGAAGUUCAGAAGCGCGAGUUUGUCUGCAGUGAUGAGGAAGAAGGUCAUCAGUCGUUUAUGGCUGCAUCUUGCAGUGUGUUACAUUGCCCAGCUGCAUGUACGUGUAGUAACAAUAUAGUGGAUUGUCGUGGAAAAGGGCUUCCUGAGAUACCUACCAAUCUCCCAGAAACCAUCACCGAAAUACGUUUAGAACAAAAUUCAAUCAAGGUCAUCCCUCCUGGAGCCUUUUCACCAUAUAAAAAGCUUCGAAGAAUUGAUCUGAGCAAUAACCAAAUCUCAGAAAUUGCACCAGAUGCUUUCCAUGGCCUGAGAUCACUGAACUCACUUGUCCUCUAUGGAAAUAAAAUUACAGAGCUUCCAAAAAGUCUAUUUGAAGGACUAUUUUCUUUACAGCUUCUACUCCUGAAUGCCAACAAGAUCAACUGCCUGCGUGUGGACGCCUUUCAGGACCUGCACAACCUGAACCUUCUGUCCCUGUACGACAACAAGCUGCAGACCAUUGCCAAGGGCACCUUCGCACCCCUGCGGGCCAUUCAGACUUUGCAUUUGGCUCAGAACCCAUUUAUUUGUGACUGCCAUCUGAAGUGGCUAGCGGAUUACCUUCACACAAACCCUAUCGAGACCAGCGGGGCCCGCUGCACCAGCCCCCGGCGGCUGGCCAACAAAAGGAUCGGCCAGAUCAAAAGCAAGAAGUUCCGCUGCUCAGCUAAAGAACAGUAUUUCAUUCCAGGCACGGAAGACUAUCGAUCAAAAUUAAGUGGAGACUGCUUUGCAGAUCUGGCUUGCCCCGAAAAGUGCCGCUGUGAAGGGACUACAGUGGAUUGCUCCAAUCAAAAGCUCACCAAGAUUCCAGAUCACAUCCCUCAGUACACUGCAGAACUGCGCCUCAAUAAUAAUGAAUUUACCGUCCUGGAAGCUACAGGGAUCUUUAAGAAGCUCCCUCAGCUACGUAAAAUAAACUUCAGCAACAAUAAGAUCACAGAUAUUGAAGAAGGAGCAUUUGAAGGAGCCUCUGGCGUAAAUGAAAUUCUUCUCACUAGUAACCGGUUGGAAAAUGUUCGCCAUAAGAUGUUCAAGGGAUUAGAAAGCCUGAAAACUCUGAUGUUGAGAAGUAAUCGCAUAACCUGCGUAGGGAAUGAUAGUUUCAUCGGACUCAGUUCUGUACGUUUGCUUUCUUUGUAUGACAAUCAAAUUACGACAGUUGCUCCAGGAGCCUUUGAUACCCUCCAUUCCUUAUCCACAUUAAACCUGUUGGCCAACCCUUUUAACUGUAACUGCUACUUGGCUUGGUUGGGAGAUUGGCUUAGGAAGAAACGCAUUGUAACAGGAAAUCCUCGAUGUCAGAAACCUUACUUCCUAAAAGAGAUUCCCAUCCAGGAUGUUGCAAUUCAGGAUUUUACUUGUGAUGAUGGGAAUGAUGACAACAGCUGUUCACCGCUGUCCCGCUGCCCAGCAGAAUGUACUUGCCUUGAUACCGUGGUCCGAUGUAGUAACAAGGGCCUGAAAGCCUUGCCUAAAGGAAUCCCAAAAGAUGUCACUGAACUGUAUUUGGAUGGGAACCAGUUUAUCCUGGUUCCCAAGGAACUUUCUAACUACAAACAUUUAACACUUAUAGAUCUAAGUAACAACCGAAUCAGCACACUUUCUAAUCAGAGCUUCAGCAACAUGACACAGCUUCUGACCUUAAUUCUUAGUUAUAACCGUCUCCGAUGUAUACCUUCUCGGACCUUUGAUGGAUUAAAGUCUCUUCGUUUACUGUCUUUACAUGGAAAUGACAUUUCUGUUGUACCUGAAGGAGCUUUCAAUGAUCUUUCUUCCUUAUCACAUCUAGCCAUUGGCGCAAACCCUCUGCACUGUGACUGUAACAUGCAGUGGUUAUCGGACUGGGUCAAAUCUGAGUACAAAGAACCCGGAAUCGCUCGGUGUGCUGGGCCUGGGGAAAUGGCGGACAAGCUGCUGCUCACGACACCGUCCAAAAAAUUUACAUGCCAAGGUCCUGUGGAUGUUAACAUCCUCGCGAAAUGUAGUCCAUGCUUAUCUAACCCAUGUAAAAAUGAUGGCACCUGUAACAAUGAUCCUGUCGACUUCUACCGAUGCACUUGUCCAUAUGGUUUCAAGGGCCAGGAUUGUGAUGUUCCGAUCCACUCCUGCAUCAGUAACCCAUGCAAACAUGGUGGAACUUGUCAUUUAAAAGAAGGAGAAAAAGAUGGAUUCUGGUGUACUUGUGCUGACGGAUUUGAAGGAGAAAAUUGUGAAGUGAACAUCGAUGAUUGUGAAGACAAUGAUUGUGAAAAUAACUCCACCUGUGUCGACGGAAUUAACAACUACACGUGCCUUUGCCCACCUGAGUACACAGGUGAGUUGUGUGAAGAGAAACUCGAUUUUUGCGCCCAGGACCUUAACCCCUGCCAGCAUGACUCCAAGUGCAUCCUGACACCAAAGGGAUACAAAUGCGACUGCACCCCCGGAUACGUGGGUGAGCACUGUGAUAUCGAUUAUGACGACUGCCAAGACAACAAGUGCAAGAACGGGGCCCACUGUACCGAUGCUGUCAAUGGCUACACUUGCAUCUGCCCCGAAGGUUACAGUGGCCUGUUUUGUGAGUUUUCUCCGCCCAUGGUUCUGCCUCGCACCAGCCCUUGUGAUAACUUUGAGUGCCAGAACGGAGCCCAGUGUAUCAUCAAGACCAAUGAGCCAAUCUGCCAGUGUUUGCCUGGCUACCAGGGUGAAAAGUGCGAAAAGCUGGUCAGCGUCAAUUUUGUCAACAAGGAGUCUUACCUUCAGAUACCUUCAGCCAAGGUUCAACCUCAGACAAACAUCACUCUGCAGGUCGCCACGGACGAGGACAGCGGCAUCCUCCUGUACAAGGGAGACAGGGACCACCUGGCCGUGGAGCUGUACCGGGGCCGCGUGCGCGCCAGCUACGACACGGGAGCCUACCCCGCCUCCGCCAUUUACAGUGUGGAGACAAUUAAUGAUGGAAACUUUCACAUAGUAGAACUGAUCACGAUGGGUCAGAGUCUGUCGCUGUCCAUCGACGGUGGAAGCCCCAAAACCAUUACCAACUUGUCAAAGCAAUCCACUCUGAAUUUCGACUCCCCACUUUAUGUCGGAGGGAUGCCCGGGAAGAGCAACGUGGCCGCCCUGCGCCAGGCCCCGGGCCGGAACAGCACCAGUUUCCACGGCUGCAUCCGCCACCUGUACAUCAACAGCGAGCUGCAGGACUUCCGGAAGGUGCCCAUGCAGACGGGCAUCCUGCCCGGCUGCGAACCCUGCCACAAGAAGGUGUGCGCCCACGGCUCGUGCCGGGCCUCGGGCCAGGCCGGCUUCGCCUGCGACUGCGACGAGGGCUGGGCCGGCCCACUGUGUGACCAGCGCACCAACGACCCCUGCCUCGGGAACAAGUGCAUGCACGGAACCUGCUCGCCCAUCAACGCCUUCUCCUACAGCUGCAAGUGUCUGGAAGGCUACGGGGGCGUCUUGUGCGACGAGGAGGAGCAGCCCUUCAACCCCUGCCAGGCCAUUCGCUGCAAGCACGGAAAGUGCCGCCUUUCGGGGCUCCGCCAGGCCUAUUGUGAAUGCCACGGGGGCUUCACGGGGGAGAGCUGCGACCGAGAAGUCUCCUGCCGCGGGGAGCGCGUCCGGGAUCACUACCAGAGGCAGCGGGGCUACGCCGCCUGCCAGACCACCAAGAAGGUCUCGCGCCUGGAGUGUCGGGGCGGCUGCGCCGGCGGCCAGUGCUGCGGCCCGCUCAGGAGCAAGCGGCGGAAAUACGCCUUCGAAUGCACGGACGGCUCGUCCUUCGUGGACGAGGUGGAGAAGGUGGUCAAGUGCGGCUGCGCCAGGUGCCCGGCCUGAGCGGCCGCGGCGCGGACUCGUUCCUGCCUCAUAGUGGAAAUAUUUGAAAUAUAUUGUAAAGUACAGAACAGACUUAUUUUUAUUAUGAGAAUAAAGACUUUUUUUCUGCAUUUGCAAAACGAUUGAAGUGCUUGAACUCGGACUUCCCCUAGGCCGGGGGCCGCGAAGGGAAGAAGCGGAGCUGCCGUGACCGCGGAUCCCCCUUGGGACAGGCCGAAGACACGCGGAGGCGAGACCGAGGGACGCCGGCGGCCUGCAGAGCAUCCAUCCGGCUGCCGCCUCGGAGCAGCAGGCCCGGGGCCUGUGCGCUCUCCCAGCCGCCGCCUCCCGGCCCGGCGGCGACCCGCGUGCAGCCCGUGCGCACACGGGCGGGGAAUCGGGAGGGCGCGGGCUGGGGGCAUCCUUGGGAGACGGGGUUCCGGCGGUGGGAAAGUGGCUCAAGACGAGAGAGGAAUGAGGGCUCUUAAAAUAUUCUCAAAGUCUAUCCUUCAUGUCAAGCAUGUUAGCAAAAGAAGCACACAAGUGUUCAUCUACCUUUUUCCAGUAUUAAUUUUUUGUCAUGUAAAUGUUAAAGGGGACACAGAACCAAUAGGUUAUUGAUGGAUAAAUUAGCAAGGAUGUUUUUUGUUUCUGAGUUUAAGCAGCCCUAUACAGUAUUCAGUUUCACUGAGAAAUAUUUAUUAUAUAAAAGUACUUUGUACUUAACAUUUUUAGGCCAUCCCUUUUACGGUUUUUCAAUGGUUUAAUAUAUAUUAAUUUAUAUUUGUCCUGAUAUUUUUGUAUUUUGGAUUUUUUAAGAAUUAAAAAUCAGGAUUUAUUAUUAUUAUUAUUAUUAUUUUUGCAAUAGGACUAACAUAGCCUGUUGUCUUGGGGUAAAUAUUUUUGGUCUGGUUGUUUCUUAGCAUCUGCCCUCUGGUAUCAUUAAAAAAAAAAAAACCCUUAAAGCAAAAGUGACCAUUUGACCUUUGGUUAUAAACGUUGUCAACAUUCAGGACGCCUCCCAAAAACCAGUAAAGUAUGAGAGAAAAAUUUCACCGUGCUAAGUGGCAAUGUCGAGAAGGGAAUGUUCCCGGCUCAACACAUACAUCCCCCAAAUAAGAUGGUGUAGAGGAAAAACGACACUAGGAAAUAGACCGUUUUACAAAUUAAUAUUUCCCCAGAGUUCUUUACCCUUAAAAAACUGUAAUGUCAAGAACUGUGAUUUUUUUUUCCAAAUAAUAAAACUACUUUAUUACCCUGUUCCCUAUGUUAACAUGUUUGCUGCUAAAUGACAAGGUAGAAUUGGUAAUGAUUUAUAGUCGGUUGUGCUCUUCUUUCUUUAAAGUCCCAGGGUACCCUGUAAAAAUGCAGAUGUUUCUUUCCAUUUUUUUAAACCAAGAAAAUUAGAUGUACAUGUAUAAUGCAGUGUGCUUUGUUUUAUCUGGACUAAUAUCAGUAAUGCUACUGAUGUUUGUAAAUUAAACAGAUAUUUACUUCA